AUGAGAUCUGCCACCAAAAUUCUUCUGCUGAUCCUCUGCUUGCCACUGGGUAUCAUGUUCAUGUCGACAUACAACGAAGAAUUAGGAUACUACGUGGGGCAGGGGACGCAGGAGUUCGAUGUUCGUGUGAUCAACGGCUUCACCAGCAACUCAUCACUUCCCCUGAUCAUAUGGUGCUCCUCCGGGGACAGUACCGUUGAUCUGGGCGGGAGAGCACUCCAGGAACGUGACGAUUUCGGCUGGAGCUUGAAGACGAAGCUCUACAGCAGCAGCAUGUUCUUGUGUACUAUGAAGUGGGAUGCGAAGAGAAGGAAGUUCGACGCGUUUAAGGCGCCCAGGGACGUUCGCAGGUGCAGCCCUCUGAGGAAGUGUUCUUGGCUGGUCAGGGAGGAUGGCUUCUACUUCAGUAACGACGAAGUGAAUUGGAAGAAAGACUUCUCUUGGUCGUAG